GCGAUCGAGCGGGGUCAGCGGUGGGCCUGAAUGGCCAAGGCUAAGUGUCAAAAUUAGCCGAGUGGGGUAGGAACGGCCGGGUCCACACAACGUACCCGAACAACAACCUCUCAGUUGCCAAUCACCUCUAUUUUCUCAUUCCUUCGACAGCGUUCAUGAGAUUCACCGGCUUGAGAUAUGACCUCUCUUAUGAAUGGUUUGGUGUCUCGACUCCUUUCGACCCAGCCUGUAGGCUUGUUACAUCUCCUUUCUUUUCUCCUCUGAGUCUCGGCGCAUUUCGUCUGCUGUUUGCUGUUUAUUCGCUCGUUACAACAAUCACUGUGCUCGUUUUUGAGUCUGUUCGUUACCAUGAUGGUGGUAGCUUUUUUUCUUACUUCACCGAUCUCAGUUACAUUGGCCUUGUCGCAUACUUCUGGGCAUCUAGCAUUCAAACCAUAACAUUUGUGCUGCGGGGACAGAAGGCGUACCCUUUGCAAUCAUGGCCACGGAUCCUACAGCUCUUGCACGUCCUCCUGUACACCACUAUCAUCAUAUUUCCAAUCAUCGUGACUGUUGUUUUUUGGGCUCUACUCGCUUCUCCGUCAACGUUUAGUACCCAGUACUCAGCUUGGUCCAAUGUAUCUCAACAUGCCAUGAAUAGCGGCUUCGCUCUAUUUGAGAUACUCUUGACAAAUGCUGGCCCAAGUCCAUGGAGCCACAUCAUACCAUGCUUAUUACUUUUUGCGUGUUACCUCGGUAUUGCGUAUAUAACCCAUGCAACGCAAGGAUUCUACACUUACAGUUUCCUUGAUCCAUCAGUCCAGCACGAACUUUUAGCCGCUUACAUCAUCGGCAUGGGUGUUGGUUACUGCAUUCUCUUCGCGAUCGUGAAGGGUAUCUGCACAUUGCGGUGCCGUUUUGUCUCGUAUUACGGUUUGGACUCUUCUGAACAAGCACAAUCUGGAGCUCUAGAUGAGUGGGAACACGUUGAUGUCGAACAGCCGAAGGAGUCGACUGGAUCUGAGGCUUAAGUAUCAAAGCCCUCUUUGUUUAUUGUUAUCUUCAUGGUGACCGAAUUGGUUUCAUUAGCUACUGAUCUCUCUGAUAAUGGACUUCCCUGGAACAUCAUGUCCGUCCUUACACCACCAUGUUGGUUAUGUAUCAUUAUGCGAUUGGUCUUUUUUUGGCUUUCGCACAUAGAUGCUCCCUUGGCCCGUCAUGAACUAGGCGCUGGCGGUACCGACGUAUCACGAGCUCAAUUCGCUCAGUAUGAUCGACUCACAAACACGUACUAUAACCAUGAUUGGUAUACUCUGGACGCUGACUGUUCUAGAGUCCUCAUUUUGCUCAGCACGGAAGGCGUCUAACCAAGAUUCCGCGUUCUCACUUAUCAAAUCAUGGUCGCACGCAAGGC